ACUAAUCGUGGAACGCCAUUCUACUCUACCCUUCCCUACCCCAAACAACAACCAGACAAUAUUCUUUAAAUUCUUACAAUGAAGGUAUUAUCACUGGCAACCGUACGAACAGGAAACGAGCUCGAAGACCCGAUUGUCUGCAGCAUGAGCUCGGAACUCUCUUCGUUCGGAUUUUUCCAACGACCGGUAAGUCGUGUAAACAAAGUCGUCUUUCGAGACACCACAUGCCCAGGCAUCGCGUCACAUUGCAUGCCACUAUGUGCUAUUGCAACCGGACCAAAAGAGAAUCAAAUCGUUUCGAACCAAUUGAAACAAUAUCGGCGCCAAUCGUCUUCCUCCUUUGUAGAAGCACGAGACGAAGCGUCCAAACACGAGACAGGUAGUUUUACCCUAAAGCGACAACUGAUUUACAUGGCGGCACGAAUGAAACUCGUUGAUGGGUAGAACAAAGAGAUCGAAACCUAGUGACGACGCUAGAUCCGCAAAACCACUCUGCAAAAAGCUCGGAUCUACGAGAGAGCUGGCAUUUCGCUUCAGUAGUUCGAUUCAUGUCUCAACUGGAUUGUCAAGGGCAACAAGAACAAUGUUCGAUACCGGUGUGUGGACAAACCAAGCUAGUGUCGUUUCUCACAUCGUUUUGGUUGCUUUUGUUGUUGUUUUCGCUGCUUGGAUUCUCACAGACGAUCAAGGAGAUGCUUGGGUUUCUAACUAGGACGUUCAUGAAGAGAACAGAGCCGGGCCAACGCCAAUCCAUUACCCACGAGAAUUACGUUGUUCACUGCUAUCGCCGAUCGGACGGACUCGGGGGAACGGUCACCACCGAUCUGGAAUACCCCUCCCGGGUUGCCUUUGUGUUGCUCACGCAGCUCCUGGACGACUUUACGGCCGCCGUCGGAGACACGUGGAAAACAUGCACGACCCCCGAAUCGAUGGCCUUUCCGGCCAUGGAGGAGUAUCUCCAGAAAUACCAGGACCCCUCGGCGGCGGACAAGAUCACCAAGAUCCAGAACGACCUGGACGAAACCACACAGAUCUUGCACAAAACAAUCGACAGCGUUUUGGAGCGUGGGGUCAAGCUGGACAACCUGGUAGAGCGCUCGAACGAUCUCUCGGCACAGUCCAAAAUGUUUUACAAGCAGGCCAAAAAGACCAACAGCUGCUGCGUCAUUAGCUAAUCUGUGUAUUUGUGCACCGUUGGUUGGAGUUGCGAACGGACGAGGACAUAAUCUGGGCGGAACCAUGGCGUGGUGCGUUGCUUUUGGGCGCGUUUGUUCUAUUGCGAGGGAAACAAAACGAAACCGUGCGAUGCCACUAUCGAGACGGGGCCGAACCAUUGUGUAUCUAUAGAAAAUGGAGGGCCGUUCGCUUGGUUUGGGUGUGCAGGCCUCGCGCAGGGAGAGAGGAGUUGGCUUUGUCGUGAAGGCAGGGGCGUAUUCCCCUUUUUGUCGGGUGGCAAGGAGUGCCGGCACAGAUUGCGGUACAGAACGAACGGUACGGUACAGUACAAUAAAUAAUAAUACUAUCUAUAACACUGA